AUGUUCAAGAGAUUCACUAAGAAGAAGGAGGCUCCAGAAGAGCAGAAAAAUUUAAUUGAUAUUGAUGAGCCAAUUAAAGAACUUCCAUCCUCGAUAUCUAUUCCAAAGGAAAAACCACUUACUGGUGAAGAGCAAAAGAUGUAUGAUGAGGUGUUGAAACAUUUCAGUAACCCUGACUUGAAAAUCUAUACAAGUGAAAAAAACAAGUCAGAGGAUGAUCUUAAACCCUUGGAUGAAGAAGAAAAAGCGUGGUUAACUAGGGAAUGUUUCCUACGUUACCUAAGAGCUACCAAAUGGGUGCUGAAGGACUGUAUUGAUAGAAUCACUAUGACUCUAGCGUGGAGAAGAGAAUUCGGCAUUAGUCACUUGGGAGAAGAGCAUGGUGAUACAAUAACCGCUGACUCUGUAGCUGUCGAGAACGAAUCUGGUAAGCAAGUGAUUUUGGGUUACGAAAAUGAUGCCAGACCCAUCUUAUAUUUGAAACCAGGGAGACAGAAUACAAAGACUUCUCACAGACAAGUGCAGCACUUAGUCUUCAUGUUAGAAAGAGUUAUCGAUUUUAUGCCGGCUGGUCAAGAUUCUUUAGCGUUGCUAAUAGAUUUCAAAGAUUAUCCUGAUGUGCCCAAAGUACCUGGUAAUAGUAAGAUACCCCCCAUUGGUGUGGGUAAGGAGGUGCUGCAUAUUCUACAAACUCACUAUCCAGAAAGACUAGGAAAGGCACUUUUGACGAAUAUUCCUUGGUUAGCCUGGACCUUCUUGAAGUUAAUUCAUCCGUUUAUUGAUCCGCUAACCCGUGAGAAACUGGUUUUUGAUGAGCCAUUUGUGAAAUAUGUUCCUAAGAAUGAACUAGAUUCACUGUAUGGUGGUGAUCUGAGAUUCAAAUAUAAGCAUGAUGUAUAUUGGCCAGCUCUAGUAGACACUGCACGUGAAAAAAGAGAUCAUUAUUUCAAGAGGUUUCAAAGUUUUGGUGGUAUAGUGGGUUUAAGUGAGGUCGAUUUAAGAGGUACGCAUGAUAAACUACUUUACCCUGUAAAAUCGGAAAACAACACCGUGUAA